AUGGUGGGACAAUUAUUGCAGUUGUUUGUGGGUCAAUGCGGUGUCCAAGUGAGUCAUGCGUGCUGGGAAUUGUUCUGCGCGGAAAGUGGUUUGGACUCAUCAGGCAAGCCAUUAUGGGCGCGGGACCAGGAUGAUCUGUUUGGAGUAGACUCUUUAUUCACGGAAUCCAGAAGCGGUCAGCGUGUCCCGCGAUGCGUCCUCGUUGAUGCGGAGCCUUCGGUAGUCGAUGAAAUACGUGUAGGAAUGCAUCGAAAAUUGUUUGAUCCGGCCCAACUGAUCAGUGGCGUGGAGGAUUCCGCUGCCAAUUUCGCUCGUGGAUUUUAUCACAAUGCCAAAAUGCUAUUGGAGCCCACAUUGGAGCGGUUACGUCAUUUGGCUGAAGGUUGUGAAAAGCUGCAGGGGUUCGUACUGCAUCACUCGAUGGGUGGAGGAACUGGAUCAGGGUUUUCAUGCGCGCUACUAGAAGAGAUUCAAGAUCAAUAUAGCAAGUGCUCACGAAUUCAGCUGGCCAUUUCACCAAGUUCAACAUUGUCGAAUUCCACUGUGGAACCAUACAACGCCUUGUUAAGCAUGCAUGCACCGAUGGAGCUGGUGGAUUGUACUGUACUUAUGGACAACUUGUCUUUGGUUCGUCUCUGCACAGAACGACUGUUGACGUCAAAAAUUUCAACAACAUCUUUGAAUCGUUUGAUUGCUCAGAUAACCAGUGGUUUGUUCAGUACCCUGCGCUUUGAGAGUGAGCUGUCGGCCUCAAUGAGUGCACUCCUGACCAAUCUGGUUCCCUAUCCGGCGGCUCAUUUUGUCACCGGUGCACUCACUCCUUUACGAGGUGCAGACGUCGGCGCGUACAACAGUGAGUGCUGA